GGAAAUCUGAAAUUUUAUUGUGUCAGUUGUGCAUGUUCACCUUUUUCCUGUAGUUCCUAAUUUUAUUCUUAAAACAACAAUGGCGUGCGAUCCAUGUACGUGUAAAUGCGGCCCAAAAUGUGAUUGUGAUUGUGUUUGUAAGGAUAAAUCUACAGUAAUUUGGAUGAAAGAUGCUGAUUUGGAAUGGCCUUCCUUUUCGAAGAUGUACACAGAAACUCAAAUCAUUAUCAAAUUCACUAUAUCCAAUUCUAAAGGGUUUACCCAAACAUAUACUUCGCAGCAAACUGUUUUAGAGAUUUUGGACAAUCUGGAAAGAAUUUUUGGGAUUCCUAAAGAACAUCUCCAAUUAGCAUACAGAGAGAGUCCCUUAACCGAUGAAGAUAAACUACUAAGAGAUAUAGAUCCAGAUCAACCUAAAAUUCUGGAACUAAAUAUAUCCACAGAUGAUCCCUCUAAUUGGAUUAUUGAUAUCGAAAAAGUUUAUAAAGAUAUUGUCGUUCCUGAUAUUAUCACGGUUACAGUGGAAAAUGGAGAAGAUAGGAAGCAAAUUGUAGUAGAAGUUGAAAAUAAAGCUAUACAUAAACCAACGCUGGGCGGUUACAUGCAUAGCCGAACAGGUGUCCUCUACCUCCAUAGUUACACUCAGACGGGGCCUCCUCCUUCGAAAAUACCACCUGAAAAUAAAAACCACAGAGACACCCAGACAUACAGUACAAGAAACAGAAAGGUACAAAUGGAUUAUGCCCAUGCAACUCAAAUGACCAAUACCCAAAUAUAUAUACCAAACGUGACGGAUAAAAUCCUUACGGCGGGAGCUUACGAAACGGCGGAAGAAAGGGAUAAACGCUUAGAUAUUGAAGGCAAAGUGAGAACAAUUCAGAGGUAUUUUCGUGCUUGGAAAAUGAGCCAAGCACUUAAAGAAUUGAGCUGGGAAUAUCAUAAACGCCUGCAGCUAGAACUAGAAGCAGAUGAAAGGGAACGAGUCGAGGACGAAGAAAGAAGGCGGCAGGAUUUGGUUAGCAAAGUUUUUCCUCUGACCAUGUCAGAUUUCGCGAUGCUCUAUGCAAUGGUUAACAAAUGGAAGAGAUCUGAAAUAGCAAGAAUUACUUCUUUGCAUUGUGGAGCUUCUAAAAUUGCAGAACUGUAUCUUUUGUUGGAGAAAGAAAUCGAAAUGUUACGAGCAAUUGAAAAACUAAAAAAUAAAGUAGAAAAAGAUUUAGAAUAUAAGAGGAUACAGAACUUUUUUAAAAAAAUAGGUGAACCCAUUGAUUGGUACAGUAGGUACAAAAGCCUGCACAUAUUUAUGGAUACUCUGGAAACACAGAAGGGGCGACAAUAUUUCGAGCUUUACAAAAAAUUGACGAAAAAUGAUCUUACUACCGAACAAAAACUAAACGUAUAUUUGGAGGUAAAACAAUACAUUCAGGAUCAUCAAUGUCACGACAGCGAACUAUUGAAUGGUCUUAUUGAUAGAGUUUGUCAACUGUUAGCAAGAGGAGUAAGCGAAAAACAACUUAAGGGAUUAGAGAAGAGGAUAGAAGCUGGUGUUUUGCAUCAUUUCAAGCUAAUUGAAUGCAACGAGAAUGUUACCAGGCAUCUGUUGAAUAAAGAAGAGCUAAGAAUGGAAAAGAAUCUACAAUACUGCCCUAGAUGUCAGAAAUUCAAGACAAUCGAGGAUUUCAAAUUGACAGCAAGAACAGAAAAGCUACGUAUCUGCCGCACCUGCAAGUGGUUGGACAAAGCCGAUGAACCUUGGGUGGAUCUAUCGCCUUAUAGGUUUAUCUUAAAGCAAAUCAGGAACUACGAGAGAUUACAUCACGCUGUAACGUCAGUAGUUUUCAUACUGCAAGAUAUAGAUAUUCACCAUAUUACUGUACAGAUUUGGCAUGGACAUUCUGCGUUGUCAGAGUGCAAUGACAUCUACCAAUUAAGAUUGGUCCGUUGGGACAUGCACAAAGAAUGGGCUCCCUGGAACUGCAUCCUUCUUACUGCUGAAGAGGCCAAAGCUCACUUGAAAGUUACAUCAUUAGACCAAGUAUACGAAGAAGAAUUCAUAAAUCACGUAACUAACAAACAUCUACUCGCCAGAAGACACUUUCCCCAACUAAAAACUUUCGACAAGUUCUUUACUAAGAUGGCCAACGGAGAUAUAAGGCUUGAUGAAAAUUCGGAGUAUUACAAUAAACCAAAGAUGGAAUGUCUGGAAAUAGAAGAUAUUGAAUAUUGUAAUAGGUUAUUAUGUAAACAAGGGAUUUAGUUUACACUUAAGUAGAUGAGAUGUAAGAAAUAGUUAAUAAUA